UGUUUACAUUUCAUUAAUAAGAAAAUCAAGGCUACCAUAGAAAAGUUCUAGAGAUUUGUAAUAGUAAAUAAUCAGCAACAUGCCGGGGACAAUUUUGGAAAAUUUGAGUGGCAAAAAAUUAAUUAUAUUAAUUAGCGUUGUUCUAACUUGCCAAAUAGCAUGCUUUUUGGUGGGGUUAAUGGCCCCUAUGCUUGCCAACAAUACUCAAAUCACGCUGUCUACCGUAUGUGUGGACCAAAAUCCUUCCGAAUCAGAACGUAAUUUUGAUCGAUGGUUUGUAAGAACAUGCUCUAAGACAAAUGAAUUAACUGAUGACAAGGAAACAGUUGAUUUAGAUGCUAACAGCUUGGUUUAUGUUAUAGAAAUGCCACUCUUCGAUUUGGAUUAUUCCCGUUGGCAACAAAAGUUAUUAGGAAUUCUUCAGGUUGAGAUGGUUGACCAAAAGAAACAAAAAUUAAUUAAACCUUUCAUUGAACUCACUGUGGACUCUCGUAUCGCUUAUAGUGAUAAAACCCCCAAUGGAGGGAAAACUCCAUGGAAAUUUUAUUUCCAUGCUGAAGAAAAGCGUUAUAUGAAGUGUACACUCAACAACCAAUAUGAUCCGCAAAACCGUGGUUAUCCUUAUAAUUAUUGUACUAUGGUACCAUUAUUUGAAUUGGGUGCUCUAUAUCACGAUUAUUAUUUGUUAAAUCUUAGGUUGCCAUACAAUGACACAACUAAAAAGAAUAUAGGUCUCGGUAAAGUAGAAGAUUUGUAUGUACACACUACUUAUGUGAAUGGCGGUUUUACAAAAAUUUGGCUUAGUCUGAAGUCAGUGUUAUUUCCAAUACUUUUAGCUGUCAUGAUCUGGUUUUGGCACAGGGUUAUUAAGCUAAACCGUACUCCAGUUUUGUUAGAAUACGUGCUGAUAUCUUUAGGAGGUACUUUAGCAUUCCUCAAUAUUCCUAUAGAAUAUCUCAGCCUUAUUUUUGAAAUACCUUAUAUGUUACUUUUGAAUGAUAUUCGUCAGGAUGCGUUCUAUGUCAUGUUAUUCUUAUUUUGGCUGAUAUUUGCAGGUGAAUAUAUGCUUGUUCAAAACCAAGGGGACAGAAACUCUAUAAGAUGCUACUGGAAACACUUAACUACCAUAAUUGUAGGAUGUAUGAGUUUAUUUAUAUUUGAUUUAUAUGAAAAAGGUCUCCAGCUAGUCAAUCCAUUUUAUUCUAUUUGGGUCACACCUCUUAGUACUAACUUGGCUAUUGCUUUUGUUAUUCUGGUUGCUAUAGCUGCUUCCACAUACUUUGUUUUUCUAUGUUAUAUGAUCUGGCGUGUUUUCAAAAAUAUAAGUGUAAAAAUAUUUGUUUUACCAAAUAUGUCCCAAGCUAGACGUCGUCAUUAUGAAGGUAUUAUCUAUCGCUUUAAUUUCUUAAUGUUGGUAACCCUGAUUUGUGCAUCUGUAACAAUAGUUUUCUUUGUACUCUCUAAAAUUGAUGAAGGUCCACACAAAUGGGAUACUACUAUUUACUUAAAACCCUCUUCAGUAGUAUAUACUGGGGUGUACGGAAUGUGGAAUAUCUAUAUAUGUACCAUGUUAAUACUAUAUGCUCCGACACACGAACAAUGGCUAACAGAUCAAAUGUAGAAAGUAAAGCAAUUUAAUGUAGGCAUAUGAAUCUUCUUCUAAUUAAAUUUUUAUUUUAAGGGGGAGGAGUAUGGUUUGAAAUAUUUAAUUUUUUUAUUAUUUUAAAUAAAAGUGCAUACUUUCAAGAAUACUCUCUAAAAAUUUCAGAUUGAUCGGAGCAAAAUUACCAGAGAUACAGCGUGUUGAAUAUCCCUACCUUCGACUCGAUUUGGCGCGACUUCGAGCCAGCACGCUUGAGCGUAGUGAGAAACGUUAAACAACUUUUGUAGAUUACUCCGCGAUUCAAAAACAUAUUCCAGUGUACAUUACUUUACGAUUUGGCAGACAAAUAAUAAGAUGAAGAUGAAAAUGUCAAAACUUUAAAAGCAUUUUUCUCAAAACUGCUUUUUCAAAUGCGGUGGACAUUGUAACUAAAAAACUACUUGACCGAUCUACCUGAAAUUUUGCACAGAUUUUCUUUAGACAUUUCAUGAGGUAACAACUUCGAGAUAUUUUUCGUUUUGUGCUUAUUUUUUGUUCAACAAUAAUAAAUCUGUUGAUUUUUAAAAAAAUUUUAUCAAAAAUUUCGUAUUUUUGAUUUCUGUUACUCGACGUUGAAAAACUCGACGUUGUUACCUCAUGAAACUCAUAUACUAAUUAAAUCUUUUUGAAUUUUUUGUUUCGUAUGAUGCAGUGACGAGUUCUGAUGUCCACCGCAAAAUCCAUUUUUUCUUGAGCUGCCUGUCAAAAUUUGUCACCAAUGGCUUAUUUUUUAAUAAUUUGUAUUGAAUUUUUUUUUAAAUAUUCUUUGAAUUGUACCUAAUAUGCUUGUUUAAUUUAAAAAUAACAUAAUUCUACCAUAGCUUCGAAAAAAAUUCACAAAAAUGUGCUUGAUAUGUUGAUUUCAAACCAUAAUCCCCCCCAUUCCCUUAAUUAAGGGAAACGGAGCAAAACGCAAAAUUUUGACGCAUGUCAAAAUUUUCAAUGUGCUUUAAAUGUAUUCAUUUUUUUCAAAUCCUGAGAAAACCAUAGAGGUAUAUAUUAACAUAGAGUGAGCCUACCUUCCGCGCUUCCUGACGACAAGAUCAUAGGACUGGUUUGCGGCAUAUCUUUCUAACACAUUGUAUCGAGACACUAAGAUGGCAUUAAGUGUGAGUAUAGGUACGGAAGGGGAGGACAACUGUCGCAACUUUACUGUGCGUAAGAGUGAAACAGCACUAAUCCAAAUAAAAAAGAUGGUGUCGUCACUUCGCUCUGAAUGACACUCUCUCUAUGCUAAUAUAUAACUCUAUGGAGAAAACUAAUAAGUAUUUUUGAAAAAUUUAAAGGCAGAAUGAAAGACUACUUUAUUACCGAGGGUCGAAAGUCACUUAGAAUAAAUAAAGUUUCCUUUGAAUGAAAUAUUUGCAAUUAAAAAGUUUAGGAGUUUAGGAAAAUUUAAUUAGUUUUCUCAGGAUUCAAAAAGAUGACAUUUAAAACACAUUAAAAAUUUUGACAUGUGUCAAAAUUUUGCAUUUUGCUCCGUUUCCCUUAACUAUUUUUUCUGUCAAUUUUGAUUGAUUGUAGUUAUUUGUUUGCUUAUAUAGGGCUUUUCAUUCACAGUCAUUUGUUUCGAGCUUCUGUCAAAUGUCGUAUAAUCCGUGCAUAUUAAUAUUAUACACAGACUAUACAACAUAUGACAGAAGCUCGAAACAAAGGACAAUCGAUGAAAAGCCCUAUUCUUUUUCUCAUGAUCAUCUUUCAGUGCGUCACAGUUUUUCGAUUUCUUUCUAACGCAUUAAAUUGUAUGUGACAGAAAAAAAGGCACGUCGUUGAUUACAUUUCGUCGGUGACAUUUUUAUAACAUUUAUUCUAGUUAUUCUAGUUGUCGAUAGAUGGCGCCAUAAUAAAAAAAUAUUUUUUUUUUAAUUAGAUAAUAAUAUUAGAAAUAUAAUCUGUAUAAUUUAUAAGACUAUACAAAUCAAAGAAAAUACCAUUUUAUAAAUGCAAGAAACACAUUUGAUUUGUUUUUAUUCCAAAUUGAAAAUAAAAUGUGACAACUGUCAGAUUUAACUAAAAUGUCAUGUUAAGAAUAAAUGUCAUAAAUGUGUAUUAUCACGGACUUACCCUUUUUCCUAUCAUUUGUUACGCACCAUGCCCCGCGCACUCUAAUAAAAAACAUGUAAUCGUAUUUAUUUUCCUUCCAUUUUGUCAGAGGCGCUGAUGUCGGCAUUCUGAUUGGUGGAACAUGACUUUUGACAAAUCCUGCGCUAUCUGUGAAUGUGUGAAUCUGUGUUCAGUGUUCGUGUUCGUUCGUUGUCGUUCAGUUAUUUUAUAUUGUCGGUUAUGUGAUGUGUUUGUGUCACCAUAAAAAGCUGAUAUUCAGUUGUGUUUUUUGAUAUUUUGUAAUCGAGUACCUCUUUAAAGGUAAGUUUUUCUGAUUGUAGGUACUGUUUUUCCAACAGUUUUAAAAUCCACAUUUUAUUUCGCGUUUUGUUGUUAGGUCUAAUGGCUCCCAUCAGGUGUUGUGUGCAGACAGUGGAAAAAUUCAACGAGUAAACAUAUAUUUAAUCCAAAUUAAAUACUCAUAUUUCUAUGUAAAAUGUCACAUUAUUGUAUAAAUAAAUAAUUAAGAAACAAAAGUUGUUUGUGUUGUACCUUUAUUGUCCACUUGAAUAAAAUAUUAAAUAUUGGAAGUACCGUAUGGAGCCUAUGAUGUACCUAGCAUGGAGGCUAGAUAACGCCACUCUUCCUAUCCAAUCAACAACAAGAACGUUUAAAAUUUCACACCUAUCAUGUCGAAGCUACAGGCUACAGACCACUUAUGUGGAGGCCAGAUUUGUAGUACCCUUCCAUUUAACCAGGUGCUGAGAUGGCGCUGAAAUACGUGACAUAUUUUUUAAAGAGUAAGAUCGCAUUCUACCAAACCACACAACACUUUUUUCUAUGUUACGCACUGAAAAAUGAUCAUGAAAAGGACAUAUAAUGUAUUUAUUUUGAUAUUGGUAUAUUACUUGUUAUAAGUAUAUUUCGACACAAUAAAUAUGCUUUAUAAAA